UCAUAAGAAGAGAGGGAAAUUUGGAACAACUGUAUACGAGAUGAAAAUCGUUUGUGAAAAGGCUUGAUAAUUAGAUAUUGAGGAAUUAAAUCUUUCUUUGGUUCUUCUGAACUGAACGGCUAAAGUUCGCUCCUUUUUGUGUCAAAAUGGAGGGUCUUUCUGAAUCAUUUGCGGCCAGUUUCACUGUUUCCUCUGACCCAAACGACACCGCAGCGCCUCAUCCGAGGAUGACGCAGUAUAAAAUGAAGCCCAGCAACACCCCAGAUCAGUUUUUACGUAGAAAAAGAAUGUUGGAGGAGCAGAAAAGACACAGGCGAGAUUAUGUCAACUAUGCAAGAAAACUGGUGGAAGGAUCUUUAGAAAUUGAAGAUGUUGAGAUAGAGGAGAUGGAGUUUAUUGAGGAGAGUGACAAGAAUGGCAGGAGAAGGCAUAAAAAGAAGUUUAAUCCUUAUGCAUAUCAGUUGAUGUUAUCAGAGUGGCUUGUUGAUAUUCCUGAUGAUUUGAAGGAGGACUGGUUGAUGGUGAUUUGUCCAGUGGGCAAAAGAAACCUUGUUAUUGCUGCAAAUGGAUAUACUGCCGCAUACACUAAAAGUGGCUACAGAGUGAAUAAGUUUUCCUCGUUGCUGCCAGGCGGAAGUCCAAAAACUCUCAAACCUGGAGAUUACACCAUCUUGGACUGUAUCUUCAAUGAACUCACAAACACAUUCCAUGUGUUGGAUGUUAUGACCUGGAGAGGUCAUCCUGUGUAUGACAGUGAGACAGAUUUUAGGUUUUACUGGCUGCAGACAAAGCUUCAGGAAGAGCCAUUAGUGGCACAAGUGUCAGGUGACAACCCAUACAGGUUUGUCAGUUUGCAUCAUCAUCCUUGUCAUGCCAGUUCCAUUAAUGAAGCUUUGAGCAGUGUCACAUCAGUCAAUGAGGUCGAUGGUUUGUUGUUCUUUCACAAGAGGACGCAUUACACUUGCGGGAGAACACCGCUGGUUGGCUGGUUAAAACCGUACAUGCUUCCUGAAAUAUUGGGGCUCCCUGUGCCAGAUACAUUCAUGGCAGGGGUUCCUGCGGUAAACAAACUCACUUUACUGAAGUCGAACAAGGAGUUACGAGACAGCGACGAGGAAAAGAGGUUGGCGAGAGAGAACUGUGUGUUUGAGGAGAAAAUGGACACUCAGUCGUCCCUGAAAACAAAGAGAAAACAGGGACGAAAAUAUGCUUCUGAAACUGGUGCAGGAAUGGAGGUGGAGGGAGAAUCAAAAGAAAAUAUACAACACGGGGACAAGAAUGAAAAGAUGGAAGUUUCGAAAAGAACUUCUAGUCGAAGAAGGCGUAAGGAAGGCGACGAUGAUAUGGAUGUGAGUCAGACUGACGAAACAAUAUCUUGAAGUCGUUAAGACCUCUUAAUUGCAGGCAUAACUAUUAAUGAAGUAGGCUUACUCGGCGAUCCUUUUGAGUGCAAAUCAUAUCGUUUCUAAACAAACGGACGAGACCAGGAACCGGUUCCUCAGUGGCUGAAACAAAUCUAGUGAAGCCUGAGCCUCCCCAGUCCUCCCAUAGUUAUACUUCAUGUUUUAGUAUGGAUCGUUUAACGUGGCCAUUUUGUUGCUUCGUCUUUUUCCAAACAGGAACUAUUUCUUAUUUAAUUCAAUUUAUUUUUUUGUGCAAAUACAAAUAUGCCCUACAUGUACGUCGGGCUUUGCUUGUCCCGCGAACACAAUGACGGAAAAGUACUGCUGCAAUUUUCUCUCCUAUAACGAAGAAGUCAUUUCAGCUCGAUAAGCAACAACCGUCUGCUUGUCUGAGCAGACUGAUUUACUUGUCGAAGUGAAAAUAUAAUAACUGAUACAGUGA